CGCAUUCUACCGUACAUAUGUACCUCCAGAAUGCACAGAGACCGACCUAUGGAACAAUUACGCGAGGAAUGCAAUCAUUAGAUUAUUUCUGGAAUAAAAAUUCGUUUCAACACAGUCAAGUGUUUCGCAUUUAUCGAUCGAUCAAUCAAUUGACAAAUUCAGCUUGGUUUUCAACGAAUUGACCAACUUGAAAAUUCAAUAAAUUUCGCACCUAUCAGGUCAAUUUAACUUCGGCCUUUUGAUACCCUAAUAACCAACUCCUCUUAAACAGAACCUAAUUUUAGAUAAAGCUUUCACGUUCGCGAUAAUUUGCGGAACACUUAGUUAUAAAAAGACUGGGACAGCAAUGCCAGAGACUCAGACAGAUUUAACGUGUCGACGUUACAUCUUUACCAACGUCAAGAUAUUGUCACAGCCUAAAAUAGGAGAAGGAUGGGACACUUCAACGUAAAAGUUGUGGCAUUGCUGCUAUUUCUUUUUACACUGUCCGACUCUAAAGUUCUGCAAUGUGAUGGCGAACCUGAGUUGACUGACUGCCCUUCUUGGGAGGAGGGUGUUCCCACUUACUUGCCAUUCCCCUACGACUGCCGCAAGUUCAUAGUGUGUACUAAUGGCUACCCGAUCGUGCAAUGUUGUCCUCCUAGCACGGUGUGGAAUCAAGAUCUGCUUGUUUGUGAUCAUGAAAGUUGGACACCUUGCGUCAUCGUCACAACUCCACCCACACCGGAUUUGACCUCGCCAACCACAGCAGAAAGUCAGAGUCCACCAACGACAACUCCAACCACAAGCACACCUACGACCACCAUACCAACUACAACCGCACCCACAACUACCAUACCAACUACAGCCGCAACGACAACAUCCAUACCAACUACAGCCGCAACGACAACAUCCAUACCAACUACAGUCGCAACGACAACAUCCAUACCAACUACAGCCGCAACGACAACAUCCAUACCAACUACAGCCGCAACGACAACAUCCAUACCAACUACAACCACUCCAACUACUACUACGCGCCCAACUUCAACAUCUCCAACUACUACUACGCGCCCAACUACAACCAAUCCAACGACUACUACGCGUCCAACUACAACCACUCCAACGACUACCACACGUCUAACUACAACCACACGACCAACUACGACACAGCAACCUGACCCAAUACAUGGGGCUUCCACAAUCUUCAACUCAGCGACAGGCAUGGCCUUCAGCGUAUAUAAACACAUUGUUAAUGACGGAAACCAAAUUCAUGCAAUUCCGCACGUGUCAAAUUGUUCAGAUUUGUCUCAAGUCUGGAAAUUGGAGUUAAACGUUACCCAUGGUUACUAUAUAAUACGUUCUGCACUCGGGACUGGAAGCCAACAGUGGUCAUCUGGCUUGCACUGCUCUUCCAGAUUAUUUCCUUACAUUUUCAAAUUCAGAGAUCCACAUUAUACUGAUGCAUUUUGGAGCUUGACUCAAGUUCCUGGCACGACGUCACACACAAUCUACCAAACAAGUAGUGGUAGAACUGGGAAUAUAAGAUAUACCGGGGUUGCAAACGAUAUCGGUGUGGAUCUUGAAAUUAUUCCGACGCCCAAUAGCAACGACCAUGCUCAAAGAUGGGUAAUCAAUGCGUGUCCAUCUAACCACGAAUAUGAAUCUUAAGUAUAUCAUACAUAA